AUGCGACGACUGUUGGCUGUUCUCGUCUUCGUACGGAUAGCAGCAGGCGGCGACACACCGUUCUUCGAUCUCACACGCUACAAUGAUUUCCCAGAAUUCGAGGAUUACGUACGAGGAGUGGCCAAAAUGAAUCCGGAAUUUGUCUCAUUACGGCUUAUUGGCCAAAGUCGUGAGGGUCGUCCACUGCUUGGUCUUAAGAUACUCCUACCUGGGGAGAAACCAUGGGCUUACGAUGGCUAUGGCCGUAAUUUAAUAAGCAGUUGA